UAUAGUGCAGUGUUCAACUGUUCAGAGUUCAGACUAUUCAAUUCCAGUUGUUCAUUCAUUUACUAGAUGGCAGUAGUGUUAGUGUUUUUAGUGACUAUGUGAAAGAACCUUGUGUAAGUUGUCAGAAUGUUAAGUUGUCAGCAAUUGUAAUUAACAAUGAUUGUGUUCUUAACAAUGGUAUAUAGACACUGAAGGUUGGAUGCCGACUAUGGAACCUGAGCCUAGUGAGUGUGAUGGUCCUGACAGUAUGCAACAUUCUUCUGACAGUUCGUCUGCUACACUCGGAGUGUCCCUCUAGUCCCUCUGUCCCUCGGCCUCCCCCCGCCCCCGUCCACGUCGAGCCCCUCGCUCCCUGCCCCCUCUCUCCUCCAUGCAACUCUUCCACCUCGCCUUUCCUAGCUGUGGACCCUCGUCUGGGCCGCUGGGAUGCCACAAGACUUUUCAAGAUGUUCGACUCGGUUCUUGUCGGAGACCUGUUUACUGAACUUUCACUCAAGUUCAAGGUAACCAUUGCUACGCAGAGUUCUCUAGAGAAGUUACAUUCCCUUGUCCAAGUCUCCCAUCACUGGGCUGGACCCAUCUCCGCAGCUCUCUACGCGGCUGGCGAUCACGAGUACAGACUUUUACAGGGUUAUGUAAAUUUCCUAAGACGAUGCUACAAACCGGUCAAGGAGCGAGUCAGUUUUCAUCUGAUUUUUCCAAAAGACAAACUUCCCAAGUCACAAGUGACGGCCGAGAGGUCAGAACACUUGGACUGUUUGCAGCCCGAAGGUGCUCUCAACCAACUUCUCCGCAAGAGGCCAACAGACGUUGUGCGGUGGCGACAGAGAAAUCCUUACCCACAAAACCACAUGAGAAACUUGGCGAGGAAAAACUGCCAAACUCUCUACGUGUUUCUCACAGAUAUCGAUAUCAUCCCAAGCGCUCAUUUAGCAGAAAGCUUGGACUCUUUUCUCAGCACUGCUCACUGCACUGGCAACUGUGCUUAUGUGAUACCCACUUACGAACUCGACGAGAGAGUUCGCUUCCCGAGGAACAAGAGUGAUCUGAUCCGGUUGGCUAACAAAGCUUUGGCUCAACCGUUCCACCACAAAGUCUUCAUUUACAACCAGUUUGCUACAAACUUCUCGAGGUGGGAAGAUGACUUGAAUGAUCAGGUGCAUGUCAGCCAUAACGUGACUAAUUUUGAGUUUCUGUACGAACCAUUUUAUGUGGCACAAGACACAGUUCCAUCUCACGAUGAGCGAUUCUUGGGCUACGGGUUUACACGGAACACUCAGGUGUACGAGAUGUACGUGGCAGGCUACCAGUUCCAAGUGCUCUCUCCAGUCUUCACCUGUCAUUGGGGACUACAGACGCGCAAGGGCCGACCUUCAUGGCGGGAGAAGCAGAACAGCUCCAACCGCAGGAAGUUCGACGUCUUCAAGAGAGAAGUGUUUGCGAGGUACCACAAGGAUCCAUUACACAUGGUCCAACAAUCACCCGACAACCCUUCCAAGAAAGUGAUUCCGUUGAGGAUUGUCAAUCCGGCUCAAAACAAACAAUAAAUUGUAAGAACUAUAUUUGUGUCGUUUGAUGUUUACGUACUUAAUGGUUGUAACCAAGUCAGAUAAAAGUGAUAAACAAGACUGGAUAUUGUAAAUCAAUAAUACAGGGUGCAACAAUAAUACUCAGUACUAGCACCUAAGGUUAAUUGGUUGGUUGAUACAUCAAGACCAAUUAUAUGUAAAUUAGGCUGUGGUAGUAUAUGUUAAGUAGCUUUAAUGUAUUGUUACCUUUUAUAAGUGGGAGUGUGAAUAAUGAGAUAUAAGUUAGGUAUGAUCCUAUGUAAGGAGCUUGUUUAUUUGAAUAAGGAAUUUAUUUGUUAUGUACGAGGGUUGUUUUCUAAGUAAGGGCCGGUUGCGUGUAUAGUCCCGUAGUUCGCGCGGAUGCCGCAACAAUCCACCGCGCCACUUGCCGGCAUCCUCCCGGUUCACACUGAUGCCAUUUGCAGCUUUGUAGCUGACGUGUACGCAUUGCUGUGCUACUUUAUAAUGUU